AUGUAUCAAACGAGGAUUAAUAAUUAUGAAAUUGCGAAUUGGUAUUCAACUUUUAACUCGGAACAAGAGAUUACUAAAGUUAAUAAAUUAACUGAAGAGAAUGGUCCUAAAGAAAAUCUCGAUAUCGAAAUCAUUGAUAACAAAUCUGAUGACAAAAGGGAAGAUGAUAGAAUCGAUGAUCGAUUUGGAGGCUCUCGGUUGUCUGACUCCUCUACUCAACAAACUACUUCUUUACAAGAUACUAAUCUAUCAACUUCAUCUACAUGUACGGUUCCAAAGUACAUUUUGCAACACAACAUUUGUAGAAUGUGUGAUCUUCGAUUACAUCGUAAGAGUAUGGAACAAGGAGAAAGUUAUCGUUAUCGUCAACACGAAAUUGGUAAUCCCGAUACGAUUGUUAAAGUUAUGGUGGAAUUGAUUAAUCUAUUCUGA